UCAGUUGCUGAGAAAAUAGAUCUAGGUUUUCUUCUUCUUCUACCUCCUUCCCUUCGUCUGCUUCAAUUACAAUUGAUCAUAGAAAAUAUGAUCCAAUAGAUAGCGUAACCAAAUAUAUCAGUUCAACAAUUUCAUUGGAGAUUUCGCAAAAAUGAACUAUUGGAUUGGGUCUUCGUAAUUUUGAAGGAGAAAUUAAAUAAAACAUAGACGUAAAGGAGAUUGAGAAGAAGAAUUAGAAGGUUUUUUCUUCUUCCUCAAAUUAUACAGUAGAUUUUCACUCUUAAUUCUAGUUCUCAAUCGGAAAAUAAGAAUCAUCUCUUUUUUUUCUUCUUCUUCUUCUAUAGAAUGGAAUUAAAGUCCUCGGAUCUUCUUUUUUUUAUAUAUAUAUAUAUGUUAUGAAUUUUCGGGUAAAGUUAUAAAUGAGUAUUUGAAAUUUUAUGAAACUUGGGUGAUAUGGAUUAUUUUUUCCGCUACAAUCAAAACCGGAGAUGUUGAGAAAGGGACAAUCGUUGAAUAAAUGAUUGAAGAAGUAGUGAGGGACAGUGAUCAUUUGAGGAGCUUAAUUAAUAUUUGUGUAGCUAAAAGGAAAGUGGGUGUAACUUCCUUAAAUGACACAAGCUCAAGAUCACACCAGGUUAAAAUCUGGUGUCCCAUGUACUAUCACUUUAAGCUUGCAUUUCUGGUGUGGCUCCAACUUCCAUCUUUUGAUAAAGUACAAGUGAAUUCGAUCAUCCAGCGAAUAAACAUCAAAAUCUGAGACUUAAUG